CACACGGCAGCCAUGGCAAUCAGACUCGAUAGUGAACAACACCACCAACCAUAAACAGGCAACAGACUGUUAUCACAACAUGCUUUGAUAUUUCGCCUGCAUAUUGAAUAUAAUUUCAUAAUGCAGCGCUCAGAAGAAGAGAGGUUUUAUAUGACUUGCAGGGCUGCUUAUUUGUCUGUGUUCAGAUCCAGCCUGGUUAACAUGACUACAAAAGAUCAGCUCUGCACUGUUCUUCAGCAAGCAGGUAGAAAUCCAUCACAGAAGGCAUUAGACAAAUAUUGGCCCCCAGGAACCAAAAAGCUGAAUUUUGAUGACUUUUGUGAGAUACUUAAGAAGGAAAAACCAGCAGAACCGGACCAGCUUAUGAGAAUUUUUAAAAAAUUUGAUGUCAAUCGUGAUGGCUUUAUCUCACACGAUGAGCUCAGCAAAAUCCUUACCUCAUCUGGUGAAAAAAUGUCACCUAAGGAAGUGGAUGAAAUUUUUUCCCUAGCAGAUGUCAACAAAGAUGGGAAGUUAGACUACGCAGAGUUCUGCAGGCUUCUCGAGUCUACAGUAGAGAAGUGUCAGACCGCAGCACUGGAGAAGCUUGAGGCUGAUGCCAAACUGAAGAGGCAGAACAUUGGCAACCAGUUGGACAUCUCCCCACAGAGCUUAGAGUCCCAACCUGAGCUUCCAGCUUCAGAGAGACACCCCAGAACAGAGCCGGAAACCACACAGAGGAAAGACGGUCGCUCAUCAUCCAGACCAUCAUCAGCUCGCAGUCGUCGGUCAUCUUUAUCCACGACCAUCACCAUGGGCGCUGGCAGCACUAAGAGUGGCAGACUGGCAGAGCCCAAAUCUCUACAGGAUUGGCAUCACACUCUUAUGAGAGGUUGUUUUUAUCUGGAGGAAGACGGAACGAUUGUUUCUCUUCAGUAUCGCCUGAUUAUACCAGAGACUACCAGUGUCUACCUGACCAUACGUCCCCUCAACCUUAGCCCGAUUCCUGAUAAGCCUUCCCCAUGGACGUGUGUGGACACAGCUCUCUAUGUGGUGACUGGGAAUGAGACCAAAGAAGAUUCGAAUUUGGUUGGCUUUACUGAGUUUAGGGAUAAGGAGAGGUUUCUUUGGAGAGGAGAGCUCAGCGCUGGCUCAUACCUGCUCUUGCCCUUCACCACUGGCUGCAGAUUGAUGAAGAGGAUGAGGAAGACCCCUUCUAAAACUGCUCAGCUAGUCAGCCGCACCCAGUCUGGAGAGCUGGAGCUGACCAAAGAGUUCAAGGCGGCAUUGUCUGACAUCUUUGAAGUGAUUGAUUUGGAUGGAAGUGGUCUGCUGAGCCUAGAGGAGUACAACUUCUUUGAACAGAGAAGCAGUGGAGAGAAAUGUGAUGAGGAUGCCUGGGCCAUCUGCAAAGAGAACUUUGACACAAAGAAAAAUGAGUUAACUAGACAAGGCUUUCUGGAGCUCAAUCUGAUGGAAGCAAAUGAUCGGGAAGGUGACCCCACGGAUUUGUGGCUCACCGUGGAGGCCAUGGGCUACAACCGCAGCUUGGAGAUGGUGGAGGCCUGUCCGUUUGUCAUUGAAGUCUACUGUGAGGAUAUCAAAGCAACUCUUCAGGCAGUUCAUUUGGAUUCUGGGAUCAAGAUGUUGAAUUCUGCUGUACAAAGAUCUAUCACGUCAAAAGCAGAGGCCAGAUCUCUGAAGGGUCAUGAGAAUGUCUUGGUUUAUACAUACAAAGGAGAGAGCAGGAUUUCAUCAGUCAUUGCCAAUAAGUCCAAUCAAAAGGUGACGGUGCACAUCAACAAUGAACAAAGCAAGAACUGUGUAAGCAGCAGAGGCAUGAGUGUGUUUGCUGUGGAGGUUCCUGCUAGGACUAAAAUGGUAUGUCAGCACGUCAUGGCUUUAAAUGAUCAACAAGAGUGGACUUACAACUGUGUUGAGACCAUCAUAACAAGUUUGUAAAUGCCUCAGUAAUGUUAGGAAUUUAUUGUCAGACAACAAAUAUGUAGUGCUUGUAAAAUACACUACCAGUCAAAAGUUUUUGAACAGUAAGAUUUUUGAUGUUUUUUUUUUUUUUAAAGAAGUCUCUUCUGCUCACUAAGCCUGCAUUUAUUUGAUCCAAAGUACAGCAAAAACAGUACAAUUUUGAAAUAUUUUUACUAUUUAAAAUAUUUAAUAUAAAAUAUUUAAAAUAUAUUUACUGUUGUUUUCUAUUUGAAUAUAUAUUUUAAAAUGUAAUUUAUUCCUGUGAUUUCAAAGUUACAUUUUUAGCAUCAUUACUCCAGUCUCAUGAUCCUUGAGAAAUCAUUCUAAUAUUCAGAAUUGCUGGUUAAAAAAAAAAAACAAACAAACAAAAAAAAACCCUUUUUUAUUAUUAUUAUGUUGAAAACAGCUGAGUACAACUUUUUCAGGUUUCUUUGAUGAAUAGAAAGUUCAGAAGAACAGCAUUUAUCUGAAAUGGAAAUAUUAUAAAUGUCACUUUUAAUCAAUUUAAAGCAUCCUUGCUAAAUAAAAGUAUUCAUUUCUAUAAUUUAUCUAAUCUUUGGAUCUUUCUAUUCAUCAAAGAACAGAAACAACACUCAACUGUUUUAAAUAUUGAUAAUAAUAAUAAAAAAUGUUUCUUGAAGAGCAAAUGAGCUUAUCAGAAUGAUUUUUGAAGGAUCAUGUGAUACUGAAGACUGGAAUAAUGAUGCUGAAAAUGUAGCUUUGAUCACAGGAAUAAAUUACAUUUUAAAAUAUAUUCAAAUAGAAAACAGUUAUUUUAAAUAGUAAAAAUAUUUCACAAUAUUACAGCUUUUGCUGUAUUUUGGAUCAAAUAAAUGCAGGCUUGAUGAGCAGAAGAGACUUUUAAAAACAUUAAAAAUCAAAUACUUUUGACUGGUAGUGUACAUAACAUGAUUUUGUUUGCAACAAUAACCAUUGUACACGUUUUAUAAUAGCUUUCAAAAGUUAUGUUUCUUUGUUUGUAUGUUUUUACUGUUUCUAUAAGCAUUAUUAAUGUUAUUACAGUUACAUUCAUGAUAUUCAUGUUUUUUUUUUGUAAAU